AUGCCGUCACAAUUUUUCUGUAAUGAAUAUUUCUUCCUACGAACACUGAACAACAGCCUCGUUUUGAGAACGUGCAAACGAAGCCGACAUGUUCUCCAGAAGUGCUCAAAUUUUUGUGGCUCCCGGCACUCAGGUGCGUGGGAUGGCCACAUUGAAAGAAAUUCGGCUGCGUUUGAAGUCUGUACAGAAUAUUCAGAAGAUCACUAAGUCAAUGAAGAUGGUGUCAGCUGCUAAAUAUGCUCGUGCAGAAAGAGACCUAAGAUCAGCAAGGUCCUAUGGUAUUGGGGCUGAUGCAUUUUUUGAGAAGAUAGCCCCAGAAGAAAAAGAAACAGAGGGCAAGAAGAGUCAAGUGUUUAUUGCUAUGACUUCUGACAGGGGAUUGUGCGGUGGUGUACACUCGAAUGUCUGUAGAGCUAUCAAGGCAAAAAUGAACGCCAAGGAGUCCGGUGUCGAGACCAAAUUGAUACUCAUCGGUGAUAAAGCCAGGAAUAUAUUACAGAGACUGUAUGGAAAAGAUAUUAUCCUGGCAUUUAGCAACAUUGGUAAGGCACCUCCAAACUUCAAUGAUGCCUCAUUCCUGGCUGAACAGAUAUCCAACUCUGGAUAUAAGUUUGAUUCAGCAUCACUCUUCUUCAACAAAUUUAGGAACGUGGUGUCGUACAAUACAUCCAAUAUGACCCUUUACACGGAAGAAGUCGUAGCCGCAUCUCCCAAAUUGUCUGAAUACGAUAGCGUGGAUGAAGAAGUAUUGAAGUGUUACAAUGAGUACAUGCUGGCAAGUCGCAUCUAUUACGCCCUCAAAGAGGCUGCAUGUAGUGAACAGAGCUCUAGAAUGACUGCCAUGGACUCUGCUAGUAAGAAUGCAGAGGAAAUGAUUGCCAAGUUAACCUUGACCUUCAACAGAACCAGACAGGCUGUCAUUACUAGAGAAUUGAUCGAAAUCAUCUCAGGAGCUAACGCUUUGUAAUCAGGGGCGUUCAUAGACAUUAAAAUUUUAUAUGUAGUCAUCAGAAAACAUGUAACAUACACAUGAUCUAUGUGAUAGGUAACAAGUUGAUGUUAAUCUAAUUUAUAUAAAUCUUAAAUGCGUCUGUUAAAAGAUUUUUGUAGAAAAAAUAAACAGAAAGAAUGAUUGAGAGAAUAUUGUGAACUUUGAGCGUGUGACAAGUAUUAUGUAAGACGCUGGACAAAAAAAUUGCAAAUUGUUUGGAAUAUUUAUAUAUGAGUGCUUUAGUACUCUGAAAAUGUGCUGUAGUUACUUAUAUGAAUUAACAGUGCUGUGAAACUUGGUGUGAUAAUACUGAUUAUUGGUAUAGACUUGGACAAAUAUUGGUAAUGUUUUAUUAAAAUAUUUUGAGGACAGAA